AUGGCUACCGAGGCGACGGGCACUGACGCGACCGAUUACGAGGGUUCCAAGAAGCGCAGCCGUGUCAGGCGCAAGUGCAACCGCGGAGAUCCUUGCGACCAGUGCGAGAAGCGGGGCCUUGCGAGCUCCUGUGUGAUCGUGCCAUAUCUGAUCAGAGGAGGCCCUGGUGCGAGCUCUGAACAUGCUGCCCUCCGCCAUCAGACACCCCAGUCUGCCGAGAUGGCGGCUCUGCAAGCCAAGCUGCACCGUCUGACCGAGGAGCUGGGCCAAAUGCGGAGUCGAGAGGUCGAGAUGUCUCGAAACCCGAUCUCGGAAUCUAGCGCGUCUAGUGUCAGCGUCAAACAGCCUUCCAGCGGGACUGAAACUCCAAGCCUGAUGGGAAUCACGGAGCCGACGACUGCGGGCCCGAUGGUGGACAGGGUGCGGUAUGUAGAUGCCGCCAACUGGGAAGCUAUUCUUGACGACGUGAGUUUGGAAAUGCAUCGAGGAGCGUAG